GAAAUGACAACAUUGUUUUAGCAUCGUAUUGCAGCUAGGCAAUUGUAAGACAUUGUUAAUUAUUCAUAAAAAGUGUAGUUCCCAUACCGGGAGUCGAACCCGGGCCGCCUGGGUGAAAACCAGGAAUCCUAACCGCUAGACCAUAUGGGACUUUGCUAAUUUUGUUGUGAGACCAGUCUAUCAAUAUCUAGUCAUUGCCAAUGGAUCUCAACGUCCGACAGUGUUGAAAUUGUUCUUUGAACGUCGGGGCAAAAUAUUCUUACUCAAGGAAUAUCUAUCUAUUUUACAUUUCUAAAACAGCGUGACCAGCACCCAUUUCCAAGCUGCUUCCAAGAUGAUGGAAACACGGGUUCCCCAUCCCUAUUGGCCACGGGACCUCUCCAUCCCACACUACGUGGCCAAUGACCGUUCCAUGUCCGAGAUCCUGGUGUUCCUUUUCUCUGUAUCGGGGGCCUUCCUGGUCGCUACCUGGCUGAUAACUGGACGGCAGGGGGCCGGGGGCAGGCUGGGGGUCGGACGCCGUCUGGCCCUGUGCUGGUUUGCCGUGUGCGGCUUCAUUCAUGGCGUCAUAGAGGGCUGGUUCUCCCUCUACUAUGACAUCAUCCCUGCCGACCAGAGCUUCCUGUCUCAGCUGUGGAAAGAGUACUCCAAGGGUGACAGUCGAUACGUAAUAGCGGAUAACUUUACGGUGUGCAUGGAGACAGUGACCGCUUGGUUGUGGGGCCCACUCAGCUUCUGGACUGUGUUUGCCUUCCUGACCAACAGGCCUUACAGAUUCAUCCUGCAGCUCAUCGUCUCACUGGGCCAGCUAUACGGAGCGGUUCUCUACUUCUACACGGAGCACAGGGACGGCUACGCCCACAGCGAGCUCGGACACCCCAUCUACUUCUGGUUCUACUUUGUCUUCAUGAACAUACUGUGGAUCAUCAUCCCUCUGCUUCUCAUCACAGACUCCUGGAGACAGCUGUCGUCUGCCCAGAUUCACACAGACUCCAGGGGGGCCCAGAAGAAGAAGAGGAAGUGAGGAGAGGAACGAGAGUUUGAGACGUCAUUCCAGAGGGAGGGAGGGGGGAGAGAAGGGGGAGAGAGGGAAAAUUGGGAUAUGGGAGAGUGUCUACUUUAAUACUGUUGGAACCAGGGAAGUUUGAAUGUCGAAAUAAACUGUUUUGAAAAAAAUGUGGUCUACACUUUUGGUAUUAGUAAUGUAUGGUUUUUGUCAUUGUGCAGUACAAUUCUUGUCUGUCUGAACCUUUCUUCAUGUAAUAUGUCAUGAUGUGGCUUUUGUUAACUCACUCCAACAUGGGAGAACUACAGUCUGAGAUUGCACAAUAUGAAGUCCAAAACACUUGUAUACC